CACUUGUUAUAUUAAGGUUCUCUUCUUGUAUAAUAAAGGUAACUUUCUGCGGUGCUCAAAGAACUGUUGUGUGCUCUAUGAUUAUUGAAGAAAUACAAAAAGGUAUUGAGCGCUGUAGAGAUGCCACGGUCGUCGUCAAAACAUUUUAAUUAAUCUUAGUUUGAAACUGUCUAUCGAAAGAAAGGACAACAAGGCAUUACAAGUCCAUUGUUAAAUGGCAUCUUAUAAAAAAGGAUCGGAUGCUGAAAGACAUCUAAGGAACAUUUUUGGAAUGAACAGCAGAAAAGAUGACAACAUUUAUAUUGAGAUUGGGGAACAGACAGGUCCAGUGGAGAAGAAAAAAGAAAUGAAGAUUUUCUGCGUAGAUUUAACUUCUUUUAGCACAUCACUGCAGUUCACUAUCCUCUGCACAGCUGUCUUCUUCUUUUACCUCAUCUAUGGAUAUUUACAGGAGCUGAUUUUCCGGCUCCAGGAGUUCCGACCUUAUGGAAUGUAUCUGACACUAGUUCAGUUUGGUUGCUACAUCGGAUUUGGUCUGCUAGAGAUGUGUCUAACUGGAGACAGAACCAGGAAGAUUCCUAUCAAAAUGUAUGGAAUGCUGGCGUUCCUGUCCGUGGCAACUAUGGGCCUGUCCAACACCUCUGUGGGCUAUCUCAACUACCCGACUCAGGUGAUCUUCAAGUGCUGUAAGCUUAUACCUGUCAUGAUUGGUGGCAUACUUAUACAGGGAAAGCGCUAUUCUGUGAUAGAUGUGACGGCAAUGAUGUUAAUGGUGGUUGGGCUGAUCCUGUUUGCCCUGGCAGAUAGUUCUGUCUCUCCUAACUUCAAUACAUAUGGAGUGGUUUUAAUCUCACUGGCGCUGUGUGCUGAUGGUGCAAUAGGCAACUUUCAGGAGAAGGUGCUGAAACAGUACACAGCCGGCAAUUCAGAAAUGGUAUUUUACUCCUAUGCAAUAGGAUUUGUGUACAUUUUGAUUGGAGUUACAUUGUCUGGUGAACUUGUACCUGCAUUUAAAGUUUGUCAAAAAUACCCACUGGAGACAUAUGGUUACGGAGCGUUGUUUUCUCUGACAGGUUAUGUUGGCCUGUAUAUUGUGCUUACCCUCGUCAGGUCCUUCGGCGCCCUUGUAGCAGUCACAGUGACAACUUGUAGAAAGGCAGUUACAGUUAUCCUGUCUUUCCUUUUCUUCACCAAACCUUUCACAUAUCAGUAUCUAUGGUCUGGUUUGCUUGUGGUCCUGGGAAUUUACCUGAACAUUUACAGCAAAAAUCGAGCCUCCUGGGAUACCAGUAUUGCACAGUGGUUGCUGCGUGUAAAACAGCUAGUUGGACUAGAAACUAGACAUACAAUACCUAGUCUGUCAGGCUCUGUAGUGUGAAAGUCUGAGUGGGAUAGCAGUAUUUCACAGUGGUUUCUCCAUAUUAAAUAGCUUGUUGGACUAGCAUACCCAAUGUUGUCAGGCUCUGUAGUGUGAAAGUCUGAGUGGGAUAGCAGUAUUUCACAGUGGUUUCUCCAUAUUAAAUAGUUUGUUGGACUAGCAUGCCCAGGCCUGCCAGGCUCCGUAGUGUGAUAUUCUCUUUUCAUUGAUGUUAUUUAUUUUAGAAUCUCCAAGGUAUCAUGUUUGCAUUCAAACAAAAUGACAAGCGUAUAUUUAAGAAAAUGUGUGUGUAUGACACUGGGGAUUGAAGAAUUAUGGGGUUCGGUACAUAAGGAGUUUUGUUGAAAUGUUUUUGCCUGCUUAUACAUGUUGUUUAUAUUCAUGAUUAUUAGGAAAAUUCCUUAAUAGGGAAAUAUUACUUCCCAUACUGUACAUAAAAGGGUUUUUAUGAAUUUACUUUUACUUUUAAAAGGCAGUUGUGAAUUCUUUACUAUACCUAAAAUUAUUUUUUUGCAAAUUGCUGCUAGCUUAACCAAAUUAAAUUCUUAUAUUUGUUAUUUCUUGUUCUUUAAGAAUUUUGUUGUACUAUUUCCAGACCAAAAAUGAUUUUCCUCAGUUUUUGCUCUUUUACAAUUGUGUUUUGUAAAAUUAACAGACCAAAUUCUUGUUUUCCUUGUUUUUUGAUUUGUUUAAAAUAUGUUGUAAUAUUACCAGACCAAAACAUUUUUCCCUCACUUUUUUGAUCUUGUAGAAUUGUUGUAAAAUUACAAAACUUACUUUCCUUAUUGUUUUUUUUUUGUUUUUAUUAUUUUUAUUAUUAUUGCACUUUUAGAAAAAAUGUUGUUAAAAUACCGAACCAAAAUCUUAAUGUCCAAAUAUAUUAGUUAAAUGUCAUUUUCUUAGACUUAUGUAACAAAAUGUUAAAAAUGCAUUAAAACCUGUCCUGGUAAUCUACUUGAUUGUUGUACCAUAUAAAGUGUGCGGAAAAAUUACAUAGAGAGUAAUUGCUUGUUUUAGUGUAAGACAGCAAUAUAUUUCACCUAGUGAGCACAAAGUUAUAUUUAACUAGUGAAAUAUUUAUAUUUUCGGUGUUGGCUAUGUGAAAUAUAUUACUAUCUUUAAUACACACAUUCAUGCUUAGUAUAUAUGAAAAUCAAUAAUGAAUUGUUAAUGGAUCAGAAAAUUGUGCCAAAUUUAAGUCAAAUGACAUCAAACUGGAAAUGAGUUCAAUCAUUAUCUCAGCAAUGUGAUAUUUGUUGGGUCGUUCAUAGUGAAUUGGGCUAUAAUUGGUGAAACAGUGAUAUUAUAUAUGAUAAAAUCUUUUGUUUAAACAGAGUUACUAGUAUAUAAUUGACCUUUUUUUUCUACAGACAAAGGAAAGGAUGAAAUAAAACAGUAUUUCAAUAUUA